AUGGCCUCUCCCAUUGUCUUCGUUUGUGGCGCAACAGGCACCCAAGGCGGUGCCCUCACCACCCACCUUCUACAACAAAACAUCCAAGUCCACGCCAUCACUCGCAACAUCCAAUCGGAAGCUGCUCGAAAAAUCAAAAACCGCGUAUCUCUAACUGAGGGUGAUUUUGACAAUGAAGAAACCCUACGAAAGGCCAUGACCAACUGCACCAGCAUUUUUCUCAAUCUAUCCCCGAAUCAUCGAAACCCAUCGGCUGAACUCGACCAAGCAAAGAGCAUCAUAUCCAUCGCGAAAGAGAUCGGUAUUAAACAAAUCAUCUACACCGGUGCAAUGGGCACCGUCAAUCCCGAACGAUUACCCCUCUGGGAUCCCACAAACCUUGCUGCCAACGUCCUUCUCAGCAAGCAAUCCAUCGAGAAGGAAAUUCGCAACGCAGGAUUCGAGCACUGGACGAUCCUACGACCGGGAAAUUUUAUGUCAAACUUCUUGAGCCCCCCUCGUUCGAAUGUAUCAGGGUCUUGUUGA